CAUUGCUAAAACAAUGUUUGCUCGGAAUUGUACUGCUGUUCGGCCCUAUUUAAAGUAUUUUGUUCUAUUAAAGUGUUUUCAUAUCGAAAAUAUGGCCAACAGUCGAUAUGAGUAUGUAAAAAGUUAUGAAACUCACGAUACACUACAGAAAAAUUGUUGGAUUGUGAUACGGGUCGACGGCAAAGGUUUUAGUAAAUUUUGUGAUGUUCAUAAAUUCACUAAGCCGAAUGAUGAACGUGGGCUAAACCUCAUGAGUUUAGCUGCGAUUACUGUCAUGCAAGAAUUCAACGAAAUUAUUCUUGCUUAUGGACAAAGUGAUGAGUACUCAUUUGUAUUUCGAAGGGACGCAUGUAUUUACGAUAGACGCCGAGAUAAGCUUAUAAGUUGUGUUGGAAGUUUAUUCACUUCAGCAUACACUUUCAAUUGGUCAUACUUAUUUAUGGAUGCAUCGAGUCCAAAAUAUCCACCAACAUUUGAUGCUCGUGCAGUUUUAUACCCGACGGAUCAAAAUAUUCGUGAUUACCUCAGCUGGCGACAAGCAGAUGUCCACAUUAACAAUCUCUAUAAUACUACCUUUUGGAAUUUGGUUGAGUCGGGAAUAAGUAAUUCAGAGGCUGAAAAGAGAUUACGCGGGACGCUUUCAAGUGAUAAAAACGAGAUUCUAUUUCAAGAAUUCAACAUCAACUAUAAUAACGAGUUAGCUAUGUUUCGCAAAGGAACUAUUUUAUUAAGGAAACAAAUCAAUCUUCGUAGUGGCAAAUGCAUAUCAUGCAUCGCACCAUAUUUUGAGGAUUUAAUUUCAAAUAGUUUCUGGGAGCAGCAUCCUGAAUUGCUGGAUAAAACCAGAAAAGGAUCCUUAACUUGACUGUGGAAGCUGUUCACAGUUUUGUUCAAUUUUGUGGCGAUGCAGAUGUGCGGAUAAUCCUUUUUGAACAGUUUAAUGAGACGAUCACUCAGUUUGGGGAUGUAAAAGAGAGAUCUGUAAGCAAUGUUUAUGCUGGGUGUUAUGCUGGUUGUGCUUGCUAAGGUGACCAUAUCCUGAAGGUUGUUUGCCGUGGAUGGUGCAUUGCUGGCUUGAUGUGGUUGCUGAGAGGACGGCGGUGGGGCUGUUGGCUGUGGAGCUGUUGUGGGUGGAGGUGCUGGUGGUGGCAGUGUGAUAGCUGAAGGAUGGACAACUUCUUGUUGCCUAGAAUGGUACAGGUUGAUGAGCCGAGACACCAGGGUUCGUGGGUAGCUAUUAGCCUGUAGGUGUUUGUGAAUGAUGGUGUUUACGUUUGUCGCCUCUGGAUUAGAUGUUAAAGAAUAGAUAUAACCCUAAAUAUACUUGAUACAUAUGAACAUAUUUUUCAGUUUUUUUGAUAUGCUGAUAGAAUAAGAUUCAAAUCAUCUGGCAUAUACUUCGUUUUUGUUAUUAAUUUGGUUUCUACACUAGGGUCUUUUUUUACGCGGUUUAUUUUUAUGCGUUUUAUUAAACGCGAUUUUUUUACAAUACCACGGAUUAUUUCUAUGUGAUUUAUUAGACUAUUUGUACGCGGUAUCAAAUAAGUUCAGUAUAAGUACAUCUAAUCUCACCCCUAAAAAGCGGUUCAAUUAACCGCGUAAAAAAAUACCCCAGUGUAAUUCGAACAUUCUUGGCCGUUUGCGUUUAGUAUUCGAGAGUACUCGUCAUAUCAAUUUUGCCUCUAAAAGUAAAGUCUAUGGUAUUCAAAAUGAAUCGGCUUUUCCCGCAUGCCGAGGAUCUGAAUCAAGAAGAAGUGGAUUACGAACUGAUGAUUCGUAAUCAACCGGAAGAUGUAUUUAAUCUAGAUAUCGCCAGUAAACAAAGACUUCUAAGAAAUCUGUUUAGAGAAGAUAAAAAUGAAGGUCGCAACUAUCGCACUGCCCUCAAUAUUACGGACGAAGUAUCGCAUAUUGAAGGGAGAAUAAGUAACUUAGAGAAAGCAUUAGCGAAAAAAAGUAGAGGCCAAAUAUGAAUCGAGAGUGUUACAUUACUGGUAUCGCGUAAAAAGGUGUAUCGCAAAAAGUGAAGACGAAAAAAGGGUUAGAAGGGAGUUAACGCGUAGAAUAGAAAAGGUUUGGGGUCUAUUUUGCGAAUAGGCUGAAAAAGAUGCAUUCUUCCCAUCUAAGCAAUUGAGUGGAAAUAUUUAUGGAUUUUCAAGCUUUGAACCUCCGAAAGGAGUGACCACAGAUUACGAUGAAGAAAAAACACCGCAAGGGUCAUAUUAAGCAUCUAAAAGCCAUUCUUGACGGACUCAUGCAAGCAACACUUCGGUUUAGCCUGCACUGAGGGUACCAAGUUUGAGCGUAAAUUUUAUCACGGUUCAGCCAGCUAUGAAUAAGCUUCACUGAAGUGACGGUUAAGUGGACGAACUACGAACAGUUUGCCACACAAAGAUCAAACUGACCAACAUCACCAUAUGAAACCGGAGACGACUGUGAUAGUCUGUCCGCUCGCAACGGACUUUGUAAAUAAUUUGUAUAUAGUAGGUAUUAGUGUGUCAAGGGCCUACGUCCCUAACCCUUACUACUAGUAUUAGUAUUUGUGUUAUAGUGUUACUUCCUAAAACUAAAAUUUCUCACCAACAUCCCACGACGGUUGAAGCAUACUUUCCUCCUUCCGAGGGAAUAAUUGCGUGAAUAAAAUAAACAUUAAAAACAGCAGCAUACUUCCUUUCCUCUAAAGGAAUAAUUGCAUGAUUGUAAUUGUAAUUGUAAAUAGCUGUAAAAAGUUUCACACCGUAUAGCUGUAAGAAACAAUGGAUAAUUAAUUGCUGUUUGUUUACCUGUGUGAUGAGUCGGUCAUUCAUUGUAGCGUACUCUAGUAAUAGUCGAUAGGCAAAUAAGAUUUCCAAGCCUUUUCGCCGAUUUCCACGAUGCGGUAGCAUUGCUCUACAUUUAGCUUUAGUAGUGUCCUUUUUGCUCUCCUAUAUUAAUAGUUUUUCCCUCGAUUUUCCUUAGUAUAGUAUUUUUUCCUUUGCUUUUUCUUAGUUUAGUAGCUUUUCCAUUUAAUUUCUAGUAGUAUAGUAAUUCUCCUUUUGAUCUCCUUUAGUUUAGUAGUUCUUCCUUUUGAUUUCGUUUAGGUUGGUAGUUUUUGUCGUUCACUUUCUAAUCAUAUAGUAAGAUCCCUCAAUUUUUUUUCAUUUGACACCUUAUUGCCUCAUUAUCAUUUCUGUCCAAUAUUUUUUUUUCUCCUGUUACCUCUUAAAUUUUUUUUUCCUCUAUCAAUUCCUGCAUGUCGUCCAAUUUUAUCCGGUGUUAAUCUGGAAACGGCGCCCGCAUUCGUGGCUCCACUAAAGGCGCACCUACAGAGACCGCCUAAAGCUGAAAUAAGAAACACUUAACAUCUGAUUUGGAACGAUACUUAAUUUACCACUUUCCUUGAUUUGGGCCGAUUUUCCGAUAAAUCCGAGUAGUUUUUGUAGAUUUUCGCUCCGUCGCGCGUGUCGAGUUAAUUACACUAACUGCACAGUAUCUACGUUGUUUUGACAUUUCAUGGGGCGAAACUGAAGAGCGAAAAUGUGUGAUUGAGAGGCGAACGCAAUUAAGUUCAUCCGUAGAUGGAUUCUGAUGCGUCAAGCAUGUACGAGAGAUGCGUGAAAGGUUCUAAAUUUUGCAGCAGGAUUUUCUUUAGGAAUUUUGUUUUCGGUUAGAUCCCGAGGUUUAAAAAUUCCUUCAAGAGACAUUUUCGUUUCUAGGUCACUGUAAACAUAAAUCGCAAUACUUUUGUGGCAGUGAACAGUGACUAGAAACAGUAGUUUUUUCGUGAGAGAGGGUUCUGUCCUGCGGCCUCGCUCCGAGCGAGAAUAGGAGCAGCAACCCGACUCACUGGUUUACGGUUCAUGUAGAUGAACGAUUUUCGUGGAUGUUGUCUUCGCUAUCGGUUCGCCCUGGUGUAGAAGACAAAUCUCAGGUUAAUUUAGGCGCUUGCUUGAAGAUUGUCGACGUCUUCAAGUUGAAGCGGCGGUAUUGUAAAGAAGCUUGAAUGAGGAUUGAAUGAGCGGGAUGAAUGAAUGGAAAUGCAACGCGGUUUUUCAGUUAGUAACUUUAUCGAAUUCACAGAUUUCUUUGGUUUGUUUUUUUUUUUUGGUUUACUUUGGUAUUAAUGAUAAGAGAAUAGACAUUAGGUACUAAUAACUAUUUUGGGAAAAUGAAUGUAGAUUUGCUGGAGACUGGAGACGUAUGUCGAUGAGAGUCAGUAGCAGGCUUUGUCGACAGACAUAGCACUGUAAACAGAGAUGGAGCCAACUAUUUAGUUGGCGAUGAACAUAUAUGACCCCGAAUCUUGAAGUUUAUUUUCAAAAAUAGUUUAUUUUGGCCUACGAAAAUUUGAUUGGGUUCUGUUGUAACUUUGUCGCAACGCCAAUCAAAUUUUCGUACUUUUAGCGGGGAAUGAUGUAGCGAGUACAUGUACAGAGAAUUUAUAAUUAUUAUUGUUUGUAAAUAUUAGUUACUAAAUAUUUGCAUGCUUCGAAUAAAGUUUCACUUUAAAUAUUUAAAAACGGUUUUCCAAAUAAAACGUUUGAUUCAAUUACCGCAAGCAAGGCCACAAUCAGAAUAGUAAUUGGCAUAAUAUUUGAAAAAUGAGAUCCCUGGUGCUCAAGUGCGCUAAUUGCCUUUCUCCACCGAUGCUGCUGAUGCGACGGGAUGAUUGACCCAGCCGAGAACGUCUAUCGACCUUUGCAGUGGGAGAGAGGAUCUUUUGUUCUCUAUCUUUAUCGAAGGACGGUUUAUCUGAGGACUCUUAGGCUCCUAUACUUCACUUUAGUCUGGCUAGUGGAGGAGGUAGGAGUUACUUUUAAUUAGUUCCGCGUGUACGAGGAAAAAGUGUAAGGUGAUAACCGCAUGUGAAUCUCGAACAAGAUCACUAAAUUUCCUUUCCCUAGAUAGAUAAGCUGUUCCCAUUCAGCUAGGGUAGCUAGUGCGUGCGAUAGUUUAUGCACCUGUGCGAUUUAGAGGUAAGCCACAAAUUCUCACCGAAAAGAAGCGGUCGCUUCACAGUGCCACUUGUGGCCUAUUCUUUAUUUGAAAGGUUUGCCGAGACCGCACCACUAACUACCAGUUCGGAAUAGCAACCACUAUAGAGCCACCGCCAGGACUGAAGAAUCCGCCCGGCGAUCUACAAGGCCGGAAGAGGGACGCGACCUUAAUUGUGAGCCCUAGUGAGAGAGCAUUCAGACGAGAGGGAUUAGCUAAUCCAGCCCGAGUGCAGCACAGCCUCCAACGCCAACAGCAGGCGCGCGCAGCGCGCUAGAAGCAGCACCGAGAGAGAGAGAGAAAAAAUGGAUUAACUGAUCCACCAGCAGCAGCAGUGCAGAGCCGAUAAGCAACGUGGGGGACCCCAUGUUGGCCCUAGGAGACAAUUGAGCAAUCAACGAAGCGGAAGGUAAAAUCCACCGAGAGUGGUAGGCAGCAUUGAGUGAGUACGUACCUAUACUUUGUCCAUGCGCAUGUGACUGAAGAGAAGGGUCAAGACACUAGAGAAUUGAUCGAUAGAUUCGGAUCGGAAAUGAAAGAUGUUUUAAAAAAACGCACAGUAGGAAGAGAAGUUAGAAGCUUAAAUGGGAUAGGAAAGGGAAAGAUAGACUAGACCUAGCGAAGAAAAAGAUGAAGUCGAAUGUUUGACGCUAAGAUUGAAAAGUGAUCAAUAAACCCCAUGUAACUUAUACCACCGCUCUUGUGACUCAUUGGUAAUCUUGUGCGCUAUUUCCCUUAGUGUCUUGGGAGAGGUUUUCAUGCGGUCCCCGUGACGUUGUCCUGUAGUUUAUUUUUGUGUAGUUUUGUACUGGGGAGGCUGACCCUGAAAUCAGCCACUAUCUCUCCCGAUUCUUACCGGUGGGCAGACGGGAUAAAGUAUAGGGCCUUGCCCGUGAUGAUAACAACUCUCCCGGUUGUCUAGCGAGAAUUUUAACCGUUGCUUGAAGGCACGGGGUUUAAUGUGUGCGCAAGGUCAUCUGACGUGGUUUUUCUGACGGAGUACCGCGAUAGGUGUUAGAGUCGGCCAACUGUUUCCCCCUCCCUAAUAUAGGGAUUAAAAGGAACCCUCCCCUAAGGGUCUCACGCUGGGCAAUCAUCGUGGUGGGUGGUCUCUCUAAGGAGAGUGGCGCUUAAGCCACCCACUUAGCAUCGGGGUGCAAAAAGGCGGGCCAGUUGCAUUGGGUGGAAAUCGGCCAUUUUCGGCUGUUUUCCAGAAACCGGAAGUUUCCAUCUUACAAUCCAAAAUGUUGUCUGAGGUCGAUUAUGGAACAUAUUUGUUACCACUAAAAACAUUCAUCUGCCAAUUUGGUUCCAUUUAGUUGAUUAGUUCGCGAGAUGUGCAGAAAUUUGUGAAGAAACAUGUACUUCUAGAAGAGGGAGGGGCGUCAAACCAUUAUGGACAUAUUUGUUACCUCUAAAAGCAUUCACAUACCAAAUUUGGUUGUAUUUUCUUGAUUGGUUCUUGAGCUGUGCGAAAUUUGUAUUUCAUUUUCAUGGGAUCCCUCCCUUAUAGAAGAGGGAGUCGGGUUUCAAACCAUUAUGUACAUAUUUGUUACCACUGAAAACAUUUACCUGCCAAAUUUUGCUCCAUUGGGUUGAUUAGUUCUCGAGGUAUGCACAAAUUUGUGUUUCAUCCAACUAUUAUGGACAUAUUAGUUACCCCUUAAAACAUCCACAUGCCAAAUUCGGUUUCAUUUGCUUGGUUUGUUCUUGAGUUGUGCAGAAAUUUAUGUUUCAUUUGUAUGGGACCCCUCCCUUCCAAAAGAGGGAGGGGUCUCAAACUAUCAUAGGAACCUUUAUCGGCACCAAAAACCCCUACAUACAAAUUUUCACGUCGAUCGGUUCUGUAGUUUUCGGGCCUAUAUGGAUCAGACAGACAGACAGACUUGACUGCAUUUUUUAUGUGAAGAUUACAACAUCAAUAUUUUAGAACCUAAAGAGUGAAUAUACAUUUAUUGGAUUGAAGCGUUCAUGUAAAUCUAUUUUUACAAAUAAAAAAUUGAAUGAGAAAGGCUGGGUCUGACCGCUAGGUGGAUUAAUUUAGGUUUUUCAUUUGGAGUCGACUUUCUUGGGAAAAGCAACCGCAGAUAUUCUGCUUGGUAAAAUAAUGAGAACUUUGGAAAACGCUCAAUUGCCCUUGCAGAAUUUGGUCAUGAUGAGCAGCAGCGAUGCCAACCUUUUUUUAUAAAAAGCUGGAAGAAUUCAAAAUAAAAAACUGGAGAAAACUCGAUAUAUGAAUUUAAAGUUUUUACAUAAAUUUAUUUGAUUUUCGGUUCAAAAAUGCUGCACCGUAUUAUUGCAUGUAACCAAAAAGGCUGGAAGAAAAUUGUUUACACGUGGAGAUUAUAGUCACUGGCGUACUUGAAAUUGAGUAAAUUUCGAAUAAAAUCUUACACCCGAGGCGCAUGAAUGCACAAAAUACUGAAAAGACCAUACAUGUAAUGGGAAUGAGUUCAAAAAAUGUGUUGAUGAACAGAAAACUGGAUAAAACUGGAACAAUUUUCAAAAAACUGGAAAUAUUCAACCUUCAACGAUUUUCAAAAAAACUGGAGAUAUCCAGUAAAAACAGGAAGGUUGGUAACGCUGAUGAGCAGAGAUCCAAAGCUUAGAACGCCAAAGCAAAGAGACCAAAGCUUAGAACGCAAGAUAAACCACAAGCUGAUAGGUGAAAGAGGUUUUCAACUCGUCAGCACCGGAUCUUGCCCAGCACACAUUAUUCAUAAUGCAAUGAAGUAUGCAUUAAAGAAAUUUGGUAUCGAGGUUUCCGAGCUCGCAAAAGUUGUUUAUUUUUGCUUUGACGUAUCUGCUCGCUGGGAGGAUUUCGUGAACAACAGCAAGAAAAAACCGAAGAAGUUUGUUAAAUCUGUCGAAACCAGAUGGGUGAUGCUUGGAAAUUCUGCAAAGGUGUUAAUGUCGAAUAUAGAUGAGCUCUAUGUACUGAAAUCAAAAUUAACACACGGGACUAAAAAGAACUUAACGUAUCACCGCAGACAGACGUCCAAGCUGAGUUCCAAACUUGUGUAAAGUUUUUUGUAGUAGCAAUCCGUAACCAGAAAGCGCUCCCAGUACCGCCAGCCUCGUACACCAGCGAAAAACAAUGUAUUGUAGCGAUAAGGUCACCAGGCGGCGCUAGUGUAUAAGUGAUUUAUAACGCAAUUUGUGUCAAGUUAAUGUUUAGGUUUAUGCGCAACGGUAGCAAUGUUUUGUUUGAAGUUUAUGUUUAGGUUUACAAAAUAAAAGAAAACGUUGGACCGCGGUUGAUGAGCUAUCUUGGUCUGUUCUGCGGCCAGAGUGAAAUAAUUGAAUGAGAGUGGAGUCAGUUUAGAACAAGCCGGUGAGGAGAAACCAUGGAGCUCCACCAAAAAAAAGGAAGGUGUAAAGGUUGAGUGUAGUUAUAAGUAGUGUAA